AUGGACGUAUCUGUCCGUAAACGUAUCCUUGAAUUACAACAGGAAUAUAAGCGCCAGCUCAAAUUGAAAUCGGGUGCGGAAAAUAUGAGACGUGUGGAUAAGAAAUCGCGCAAUGACAUCGAUAAUGUCUUGAAAGAGACUACUAAUAGAAUGUUUGCAAUUCAACGUGAGCUACAAAGUUUGGGUGCCCAAGUAACUGAUGAAAUUGCAGAUGAUAACCACCGGAAUGAUGAUGUAGAUCAUUUUGAAGGCUUAGGCGACAAAGAUUCAGUUAUUGAUGCGCUAAAGAAAGGACUCGAUGUUGAAUUGAAAGUCAAAAACGGAGCCGAAAAUAUGAUGAAAGCAUUUGCAAAUACCAAAUCUUCCAAAGAACGUAAAAUUUUAGCUGAAGCUCAACAAAUGUUUAAUGAUUCUAAAAAGAAGAUUGAUGCAUUGCAUAUGCAAAUACUUUCAGCAUCGAAACGAAGUGGAGAUGAUGCUGUUGCUAAUUCAGCUCCAAAACAAUCACCUCUCGAGAUUAGAAUUGCUAUGCUAAAUCAUUACAUAGAAAUUGAGUCUCAAAUUAUUAAAGGUGCCAAAAAUGUCAAGAAAUUGUUUGGUCAUCGUGAUAAGAAAGGUGCCGAUAAAAAAGCCAUGAUAGAGGCACAAAAUAAAUUAUUAGAAUCCGAACAAAAAUUAGAAUUGUUACGUAUGUCAUUGAAGCAACGUUUGACAGAAUUGGCUAAAGUAUCUGGUUACUACGAAUCUCCAGAAACUUUAUUAGAGAAAACUAGCCUUAAAAGUAGAUCUAAAACAAUGAGCUUACCAGCUAUGACUGGUAACUUGACGGUUAAUUUGAUGGGAGUACAAGGACUACUUGAAGUUAUACCUGGACGAACGAAAAAAGAUCACAUUGAUAGUCCAGUUCAUGAGAGCAUAUUCUCACGGAAGCAUCAAAAACGACCGGUUGAUGACGGAACUAGAAGCAUACGUGCUGUGUUAAAAAUUGAUCAUAAUGUCGUCGGGCAAACAAAUUGGAAACCUGCUAGCCCUCAAUCGUGGGACCAAGAAUUUAACUUAAGAUUAGAAAAAUCCCGUGAAUUAGAAAUUGAUAUAUGUUGGAAAGAUUAUCGGGAUCUAUGCGGCUUAGUAAUCUUUCGACUUGAAGAUUUUUUGGAUAAUCGGAGGCAUGUUUUGUGUGUACCGUUGGAACCUCAGGGAAUACUAAUGGCAGAGGUAACAUUCGAAAAUCCACUAUGUCAGCGGAGGCCUAAUUUGCAGCGUCAGAAAAUAUAUAAGGGUACGUCUUGCCAGGGUAGAAACUUCGAACGAGCUUCUCAAUUGCAAACUAAUGUCAGAACUUGGGCUCGAUUGCUUAAAAGAAACGUUAAAUCGUCCCCAGAACAUGUUCAGAGAAAUCGAAAGCCACCAAAAUCUGUAAUAGUAGAUCCUGCUGCGCAUAGUGGUAGUUCGUCGCCGAGUGGAAAAGAACGUACGCCUAAAUCACCCAAUAAAGAAGAGCGACCUAAAACUGAAAAUAAAACUGUUGUUCCUAUAUCUAACACGCCUUCUAUUGUUAGCGAAGAUACAAAUUCUUUAGCCGCAUCUGCUGAGAGUACAACUAGUGGUGCCUCCGAUGAUCGUUCAGUAUCGCCAACAAAUAUUAUGGGCUUGGAACAGUUUAAUUUUAUGAGUGUGCUCGGUCGUGGACAUUUCGGAAAAGUGCUACUUGCAGAAUAUCGAACUACUGGUGAAGUAUUCGCUAUUAAAGCGUUGAAAAAAGCUGAUAUAAUCAGUAGAGAAGAACUGGAUAGCUUAAUGAGCGAAAAGAGAAUAUUUGAAAUUGCUAAUGCCAUGAGACAUCCAUUCUUAGUUAAUUUAUUCGCUUGCUUCCAGACAAAAGAACACGUAUGCUUUGUGAUGGAAUACGCCUCUGGUGGUGACUUAAUGAUGCAUAUCCACAAUGAUGUAUUUACAGAGACUCGAACAAUAUUUUAUGCCGGCUGCGUUGUACUCGGGUUGCAGUAUUUACAUGAACAGGCAAUCGUAUACAGGGAUUUAAAAUUAGACAAUUUACUGCUGGACUCCGAUGGAUAUGUUAAAAUAGCUGAUUUUGGUCUUUGUAAAGAAGAUAUGGGAUAUGGUGCUAGAACCAGCACAUUUUGUGGGACACCUGAAUUUUUAGCUCCUGAGGUACUUACUGAAACUUCUUAUACAAGAGCAGUCGAUUGGUGGGGACUAGGUGUUUUAAUUUUUGAAAUGCUUGUCGGAGAGUCGCCAUUCCCAGGAGACGAUGAAGAAGAAGUUUUUGAUAGUAUUGUCAAUGAUGAAGUUCGAUAUCCUAGAUUUUUAUCAACGGAAGCAAUCGCAAUAAUUAGACGGCUCCUUCGUAAAGUACCGGAACGAAGACUCGGAUCGAGUGAAAGGGAUGCUGAAGAUGUAAAAAAACAGCCUUUCUUUAGAUCAAUUAAUAUGGAAGAUUUACUAAUGAGAAAAAUCAAGCCACCUUUUGUUCCUGUCAUAAAAUCAGUAGAAGAUGUUAGUAAUUUUGAUGAAGAAUUCACGUCAGAAGAUCCUACAUUGUCACCUCCGGCUAGUGGGCAUCAACUAACAACAGAAGAACAGGAGAUUUUUGCCGAUUUCGCUUAUACCGCAGAUUGGUGCUAG